UAGAUCGAUAAGAGAAGCUCUCCGACGAUAAUUUUCAAAAAACAAAGCGAGUUGUGGAUUCUAGAUGGUUCUAAAGCCAGAAGCCCCCUUCCGUUCCCUAAAUCCCUACCUGGUUCAAUUUUCUCUCCACGAGCGAUCCUCUCGAGUUGCUGCCUCCGACCGUCUUGUUCCUCCCCUCCCGCCGAGAAAUCCUGUUCGGUUGGAGCGGUAGUAGUGCGAAGAUCCGCAAAUCCAGACCAUUUCCUUGGCCAGAUUUCUGCCUUCGGCUGGGGUCUCCUUCGGAGGUAGAGUUGCCUGUUCUGAAUGAGGAGUCUUCAGCUCCUUCCGUUGGGAGGAUUUAAUAGCGGGUGAGAGUUGGGAUGUUCUUUUGAUUUUGACACCGAUGAAGGAUUUUGAUCGAGGUUCUGUGGUCCACAUAAAGGGGAUAACGGGUACCAGGAAACUGAAAGCUCGAGGAGCGGGCGGGCUUUGUCUUGACUGUCAUCUAUGAAGUUGAUUGCGGUGAUUUAUAUGUUUUUGAUGAGAUUCUUGCAUGGGAGCUGAAUUCAGGCUUUUGUUCACUGUUCUGCUUGAAAUUUAGUGUGCAUUGGAGAAAAAUAAUUCUUGUUCUCGACUUUUUUUCUGCAACAUCAUCAUAUAUUACUUUGUUGGGGUAGGAUGGAAGAGUACAAUUUUGCUGUUGGACAAGAGUUUCCUGAUGUGAAGAGUUUUCGCAAAAUUAUCAAGGAGGCAGCUAUUGCUCAGCAUUUUGAGUUCAGAAUAAUAAAAAGUGACCUAUCACGUUUCUUUGCCAAGUGUGCAAAAGAAGGAUGCCCAUGGCGUAUCCGUGCUGUAAAACUUAAUGAUAGUCCAACUUUUCAAAUAAGGAGCCUCGAAGGGGUACACACUUGUGGCAGAAAUGCAAACACUGGACAUCAGCAAGCAUCCAUAGAUUGGAUUGUUGCUCGGAUAGAGGAGCGUCUUCGUGACAAUAUUAACUAUAAACCGAAAGAAAUAUCUGAAGAUAUCCAUAGGCAAUAUGGAAUCACGAUACCAUAUAAACAGGCAUGGAGGGCAAAGGAACGGGGAAUGGCUGCAAUUUAUGGCUCUGUUGAGGAAGGAUACAGCCUUCUUCCUGCAUACUGUGAAGAAAUUAAAAAGACCAACCCUGGAAGCGUUGCCCAAAUUUUUACCACUGGUUCAGAACACCGUUUUCAUCGACUUUUUAUUUCUUUCUAUCCUUCAAUUCAAGGUUUUAUUAAGGGGUGCCCACCCCUUAUCGGGAUUGGUGAUAUUCAUCUCAAGAGCAAGUAUCUUGGUACAUUACUAUCUGCCACAUCGUUUGAUGGGGAUGGUGCAUUGUUUCCACUAGCUUUUGGAAUUGUGGAUGUGGAGAAUGAUGAAAGCUGGAUGUGGUUCUUGUCAGAGAUACAUAAAUUACUGGAGAUGAACACUAGUAAAAUGCCACAGCUUACUGUCCUUUCUGAUGGACGCAAGGGCAUUGCUGAUGCAGUGAAGAGGAAAUUUCCAACUGCAGCCCAUGCAUUUUGCAUGCGGCAUUUGAGUGAAAACUUUGCCAAGGAGUUCAAGAACCCAAGACUUGUAAAUAUUUUGUGGAAAGCAGCUUAUGCUGUUACUGCAAGUGGGUUUAGAGAAAAGAUGGCGGAAAUUGAAGAACUCUCAGCAGAUGCGGGAAAGUGGAUUCAACAAGUGCCGCCUUCUCGAUGGACCCUCACAUAUUUUGAAGGACCUAGAUUUGGUCACUUGGCUUCGAAUGUUGAUGAGUUCAAUAAGUGGAUUCUUGAUGCUCGGGAGCUGCCAAUAAUACAAGUAAUGGAAAGGAUCCAUGGAAAACUCGUGUCUGAAUUCCAUCAACGACGAGAGAGGAGUAUGACUUGGAUGACUGUUCUUACCCCAUCUGCUGAGAAACGGAUGGUGGAAGCCUUCAACCGUGCAAGUGAGUAUCAAGUGCUACGUUCGGAUGAAGUAGAAUUUGAAGUAAUAUCAGGUGAACGAUCAAACAUUGUGAACAUUGGUACUCGAAGCUGUUCUUGCCGAGAUUGGCAACUGUAUGGUAUUCCAUGUUCCCAUGCAGUGGCAGCGCUUCUUUCUUGCCGGAAAGAUGUUUAUGAAUUUACCGAGAAAUGUUUCACCACAGCAAAAUACAGGGAGACUUAUAUGGAGGAGAUACAUCCCAUCCCAGCAAAAAUUCUUUGGACAAAGCCACCUGAUGGUGGAGGUACAGAUGAUGAUAAAUUGAGCAUCACUGUUCGGCCACCUAAGAUCCGCCGGCCACCAGGUCGUCCUGAAAAGAAGAGGCUCUGCUUGGAAGAUUUCAGCAGGGAAAAACACACGGUCCACUGCAGCAAAUGCAACCAAACAGGACAUUAUAAAACAACUUGCAAAGCAGACAAAUCACUCAUGCCAAGCAAUAUGAUAACAAGUGGUUGAACAUUGCAAGUCGGGAAAGCAGACUUAAGUCCUGGGCAAUGUAAAAUUGUUCCCGUAUAUUGCCCAUCCUUCCCUGCCACGUGAUCCUGUAACCAUGGUGCUAGUCAUAGUUAGUAUUUUCUCCUCUGUAAAAUGAAAGCAUUCGUGUAUUCUAGUAACAGUUUAGUUUGGUUGAGAUUUGUGACUGCAGUUUCGUCUAAGCAAUGUACAUCGGCAAGGCUGUCAAGGCA